GAACCCACCGCCGAGUUCGCUAGAAAUGAAAUUCAAAAAUAAGGCCUACACUUGUCUAUCAUGGAUGUUUGCAGUUUUCAUGAUUUAUCAGCAAACGAACGCUACGUUAGGUGUUUAUUGGAACAAAUUUGCUCCUGUUUCCGAGGGUGCUUGCGGUGUUAAUAAUAUCAAAUUAUUAUCCUUGCUGAAUUUGUUAUGCAACACAACUCAAACGACCUCGAUUCAAAUGCGUGACGCCUGCUAUGGUUGCUUUUUUCGAGCUGGCAGCAUAUUAAAUGGACCAACACAACUGUCAUCACUCAAUGAUUGUGCUAGACUAUACAUAACUGAAUCAAGAUAUGCUACCUGUGCUACAAACUUACAGGCCAUAGUGGACGGCAACCGCCCCACAACAGAUCCUGUAGCUGGUUUCUGUUACACAGGUUACUGUGACUUUGUACGCUGUAUCCGUCGCAUUAACGCACAACAAUUGAUUUCCACAUGUUACAAUGAGAGUCUUGGCACUCGACAGUUAACGCUCGAAACUGAUCGUAUAUAUUUUUACACAAACAUCACGUCAUGUAUUUUAGCCAGGUCCCGCUGUUCGCAGUAUAAUCCAAUAACCGGUGAACUACAAACCAAUUUAAUAGCACCACAAGCAGCCGUUGCGAAUAAAGUUUCGGCAGUAGCAGCAGUGGCCAGCAAUGGUUGGAUUGGUGGUGCACAAAUCGUGCCUCAGCCACCGUACUUUAAUUCCCUACAAGUUUCAGAUACCGGCGAGUUACGUGUUAUAACUUUUCCAACUGCUACGACGAGUGUCUCUGAUCUAUUUUGUUCUCGUUUGCCAAAUUUGCAACAAUCCGGAUUCGGUACCUACAACUGUUGAGCACUCAAUGUGAUAACUAAUUCUGCAUAUAUAAAUUUUUACCGUAAAUUCAUUUAUACCAUAUAUAACAAAAAUAACUGAACAUAUAAUCGAUA